UUCUUGGUCAUGUGAUCACUGUGAUUGGCUGUCAUAGUGAACACAUGAAUGGGAACACACAAUGACUCUUUAUUGUAAACAAUGACUGGCAGCUCCCAGCACAAACAAGGGAUGCCAGCUACAUACAGUUGCAAGAAAAAGUAUAAGGGUAGUGAGCAAACCAGGUGUGGACUGACCAUUUGGAAACUCAGGCACUGCCCAAGGGCCCGGGUCAGUAGGGGGCCCCAUGAGAUGCCACUGGUACCUUUUUCAUAGGCUUUUUUGAGUUUGGGCAAGGACACAGGGGCCCCAUGAUCUCCUAUUGCCCAGGGGCCCCAU